AUGAAGAGGAUAUUGGUAAUAGGUGUUCUCAUUAUUGCCUUUGCUGCAGCGAAUGAAAAACGUUUUACUAACUCCUCAAAUGAUGGGAAAACUAAUCCCCUUCUGUGGAUGAUUCUGAAUCAAAUAUCCGGAUUUGAUACAAAGAUAAGCAAGCUACAAGAUAAGAACGAGCAAGUCAAUAAAGAGAUCUCAGAAUUAAAACUAAAGCAGAAGGAGACGGACAACAAUGCUGGAAAAAUUAAAACCAUCAACAGUAAAAUUUCAGAAAUAAGAAAAUUUCAAAAUCAUGACGGUAACAGUGUCUAUGAGAAAGCCAUUUCAAAAAUGAAAGCUGAUAUAAGGAAUCUCCAAAGCAAACAUUCCAAUGAUGAUAGAAGAACAAAGCAAAUUCUCAAAAUGAAGGGAGACGUUAAAGAUUUACAAGCAAAACAUAUGCAAGAUGACAAGAGGGAAAAGCAGCUGCAAGAAUUUAACCAACGUUUGAAAGCUUUACGAAAUGAUGUGGACAUAUUAAAAAAGAAAGACAGACAGUCAUGCGAAUCUGGAUGGAAAUUAUUCGGAAACCAUUGCUACUUCUUUGGACUUCAAAAAGCAUCAUGGCACGUAUCAAAGAGAGAAUGCGAGAGCAGGCACAGCUAUUUGGUUAAGAUCGAAACUAAAACAGAGAAUUCAUUUUUGUAUUCAACUUUAACGGCAUACUGGAAACACGAAACAUUUUGGAUAGGUUUGAACGACUUAACCACUGAAGGAAAGUUCACUUGGAUAUCUGAUCACUCAAGUGUUGCAUACAAAGGCUGGGAUCCGACAAAUCCGAGCAAUUCUGGUGGGAACGAAGACUGUACCGAAAUACACGAUGUGCACUGGAACGAUAACAACUGUUCAAGACGAUACAACUUUAUUUGUGAGAAACAAAUAGGCUAA